GAGCCCGAUUCCCUGAUUAUUUUGCCCGUACACUCCUUACAAUCAUUCACGCCGUUCUCCCUCCCCAACUCUGACGCUGCUGCUAACAACGCCCGUCAUCCGACGCUCUCACCUGAUUUUCGUAAUUUAUUUUAUGCUUGUAUGGAAUUGAAUUAUGACUGCUGCUUAGAUUUUAAUUUCUUGUUGUAGGGGAAUUUUUGAUUUACUCAUAAUUUUUGUUGCUGCAAUUUAAUAUGUCAAUUUUAUUGCUGCUUACUAGGCUUAGUAUCUCGUAACUGUUCAUAUGAACAUAUUUCCAUGCAAAAGUGUUGUCUAUGAAGAAACUAAUUAUGAAUUAUCUGUUCGCAACUGUUUCAAUUAGCGGAAUACCUAUGGACCUUGGUUUCCCGGCUCAGAUGUUUGUAGGGAACAGAAGGUUUGUUUUUUCUUCGUGCUGCAUCGUCUUCUACAUUGUUGUUAUCUAUUUUUUGAUGUUUUAAUAUGAUCAUAUCUUUGUACUCUGAAAUCUUUGUAAAGAUUAUGAAAAUGUUAGAAUAAGGUCUGACGUUCUUUUUCGGACACUCAUUGUUUCUGUUAGAACAAAAUAAUUCACAAAAAUGUUGGUCUGUCUUCGUCUGAGACUAGAUAUUUCUCAAUGACUCAGGGAAGUUACUCCACUUGAAUUACUAUUUUUGAUUCAGGGUAAUUACUCCACGUUAAAAGUCAUCCUUUGUGUCACAAGUCCUCAUUUUUGAAAUAUGUGGCUUGUGAGUUGUACUUACAACUCACUAGCCAAGCCACAUGUUUAGGUAAAUCACUUCCUAUUGUUGAUUUCCUUUCAAAGUUUUUAUCUCUUAGAACUAGAGAGAAAUGAGUGGAGGAAAGGUUGUUUGUGUAACAGGUGCAUCUGGUUGUACGGCUUCAUGGCUAAUCAAAUUCUUGCUCCAAAGUGGUUAUACUGUUAAUGCCACCGUUCGUGAUCCAAAUGAUCCGACAAAAACUGCACACUUACUUGAACUUGAUGGAGCCAGUGAAAGACUGGGUUUCUUCAAAGCUGAUUUAAUGGAAGAAGGCUCUUUUGAUGCUGCAGUUCAUGGGUGUGAAGGUGUUUUCCAUACAGCUUGCCCCGUCUCAUUGUCGCCUAUUGACCCGCAGACAGAGUUAAUUGAUCCUGCAGUAAGGGGGACGCUUAAUGUUCUUACAUCUUGCGCAAAAGUUCAUACUAUCCGGAGAGUGAUUCUAACAUCUUCCUUUGUAACUGUUCCAUACGAUGGGAAACCUAUCCCUCCUGAGACAGUAUUUGAUGAGACUUGGUUUUCAGACCCAGAUGUUUGCAAGGAACGAAAGCUUUGGUUUCAACUUGCGAAAACAUUAGCAGAGCAGGCUGCUUGGAAAUUCGCAGAAGACAACAGAAUAGAUUUGGUUACAAUAAAUCCAGGGCUUGUUCUCGGACCUCUUCUGCAUUCAACUUGUAGUUACUCUGUGGGGAUUAUUCUGAAAAUUAUAAAUGGAGCGAAAGAGUAUCCGGAUGCAUAUUUUAAACCUGUGGAUGUAAGAGAUGUGGCUAAUGCACAUAUUAAAGCUUUUGAGAUUUCUUCAGCUAGCGGGAGAUAUUGUUUAGUUGAAAGAGAGAGUCACUGCUCUGAGGUUCUUGAGAUUGUUCAUCAACAUUACCCUACCUUGGACCUCCCUCAAAAGUGCAUCCCUGGAAUGAGUUUUUUGGUGAAGUAUGGAGUAUCUAAGGAAAGGGCAAAUACUUUAGGUAUUGAUUUUAUUCCUUUAGAUGUGACUCUCAAGGAUACUAUUGAAAGCUUGGAGGAGAAGGGAUUUAUAACAAUUUGAUGUUGGCUAUUGAUUUUUUUUUUCUGUGACGAGAAAUUAAUAUGGCACGGGAGUCCUUUCGACCCUGUGAACCAGAUAAUUUUUAAAUUUACUUAUAUAGUUUGAUAUUUUAAUUUGAUAUAUAUGCGCAAUCUAUUGUUUUUUUAA